CUUAUGACUACCGCGAGCACCAUUCCAUCAAGUCUGCCUUCGUUGGCUGUUCACCGGCCUGCUUCUCUCAACUCGCUUUCCGAUUCGUCUGAUAAUCUUGCACUUGGUAGCCGCCCAUGUAGUGCGUCUAGUACGCUUUUAAUCAUACCUGGAAAUUUCGAUAUCUGGGGCCAGAACACUACUGACCACAUCACUGAUAGUUGCACCUACCGGCAUCACUCUAACAUUUCCGUAUCCUUCCUUGGCAGUCGUAUUAAGCGUCAAUAUCGGUCUUCAUUUAUGCUCUCGGGUGAUCGGAUGAUUGGUGUCACUAGAUGCGAAACUUUUCAACCAGAGGAUGCUAAAGCCGAUAUUCGGGUGAAUCUCUCCCUCCAAGGACCGCUAAAUAUGUCUAUGGUUUCUCACUCCGAUCCUGGCCUUUUUCCUCGCAGUCCCGAAGAUAAUCGUGAUUGGGCGCGUUUGAUGCUUACAACUGACCAACCUAGAGACUCGGAACUUCUCGGUCGUAUCGGUACUCGCAAUUAUUUCAGCAACAAGGAGUCUGGUGCUCCCUACUUUCAUAGAAGGAUAAAACCAAUACAGAAGGAGGAAGAGUAUGUCUUCAAACUUAAUCUGCCUAACGAGGAGUCUCAAAGUCAAACGGUAAAUGAUGCCGCAGAAGGUGUCAUAGAACCCAGAAGUUUCACCGUUCUGGUAACGGGCACGGGAUCAGAUGUCGAACCUAGUACAGAGCGAGUAGAGAAGGAUACUUACCCGUUACUCUCUCGACAUCAUUGGCGCCCUUCCUCUGCUGUUUCUGCACCUGGCCGCAUUUCACUCAGUGAAAAGGAACUCAACUCUCCAAUCUCAGACUCUCGGUCACCUUUCACCCAACAAAUCUCUGACCACCUUCCCUCCACUGAACGCUCUGAGAGCAUUAUUCAUCUGAAACGUACGAAAAGCGAGACCUCGUUGAGCGCACAGUCUCUUACCUCUAUCUUUACGCCGUCGCUUGAAUUAUUGCAUCCUGAGUCGGCAGCGGCACCUCAUCUAAGAACAGUAAAGUCGGCUUCUGAAGUGAGGGUAGGAGAGCAGUCCACGUCCCUAGUGGACAGUACUCUCUCUCUGCACACUGACUUCGAGGAGGAGGAGAAGGCAGCGAAAUGUACUAGGGGAGCUGUAAGGAGAGAGAUGGACGGAGAAGCAUCAAGAGUUGUUUCGUCCAUAAUUCCCCAUGCAACAGUCUCAAAGGCAUGCAUCUUUGCUGAAAAUACCUUUGCUUCCUCAAGCCCCUUCGACAGCUCAACCAAUGGUAUAGUGGCGCGAUUUGGUGGUGUGGGUGCGCAAGAAUGCAGCUAUAUCCACCAUGGGCAGAUCCCUGUUAAGAGCACAGUACUCCAUACAAGUCUUCAGCUGAAUAGAAUUGUAACUCCUGAGACGGGGCCGAAAUCUAAUUUGUUAUUCCCCGAAAAGAUGCAGGAAGGACCCAUUGGGGUUGAAUCUAACAAAGAUGUGGAGGUCUUACAAGGUAUUGAGAGUACUGAGCAAACUCCUAUCACGCCGUUACCAAGAAAACGUAAGAGAGCAUUUCAGCAGGAUGGGGAGGUUGAGGAUGGUAUGUGUAGGUGCACUGUUUGCACAUUGCAUGUUGCUGUUGCUUACUGUUUACUUGUUCAAUAUCAGUAG